GCAAAGUGUUGUGUUAGCGGGUGUUUUAAUCGUCCUUUCCUCCGUUGCUUCGGUCAAGAGCCUAAACAAUUAAUUUUCGCACAACUGCUGCAUGUGACUCCGGCAUCUUAAGAGCUUCGUUUACAGCCGUGCUUAGCACCAGCGCUGUCGAGAUGGCGAAGGUUCAGCGACAUGUUUAUUCCCUGGUGAUGAAGUUUGCAGUCAUCGGUGUAGACAAGGCCAUGCGGGAUACGCUGCGCGGUCAACUCAUCAAAUUGGCGGAGUGGCCUGAAUUUCGACCGUGCACAGUCGAAGUCUAUGAAUGUCUGGAAAUGCUCGCUGAACCUCCCAGUGUCCAGAACAACAUGCUCUGCGUCAUCAUGCUGGAUGUGACUUCGUUCACGAGCUGCACAAGUGUGACCAGUUGGCUAGAGAGCCUUCGAGAAGAACAGUGUGCCGACAGAGUGUGCGUGGUGAUAUAUAAUGCCCACAAGGUUUCCCAGCACGCCUGCCAUCCAGAUUACAUAAAAAAUCUGCGGAAGCAGCUGCCACAGAUAACGUGCCUGUUUCACGGACCCGAUGAGGACAAAUGGCAGUCUCUUGUCUCGUCUGUUCUGCGGUGGGGCGAAAUAGCCUUUGGACUUCGCGGAAGCGUGACAAUGCAGUACCUGCAGAGUGUCAUUCGACACACUUCAAGCAGCGCGGAGACAAGUCAUCAUGUGCUCAUUAAAAAGUGAUUGCAGGG